AUGAGCUCAGCACCUGUCGCUGUCGCAUCAUUGGCGGCUGCUGCUGCUACACUUGCCGCUCUUGUAGGAGUAGUUCUGAUCGUUCGUGAUAUCGACAAUAUGAGAUUUGAGAUAGAGGGAAGCAUGAAAGAAGCAAAGGUUGGGUUUUGCUAAUU